AUGGCCUCCGGAACCCUCGUCACCUGUCUCGCCGGCGUCGGAGCAGCCGCCGUGCUCCGGGUUCUAUACUGGGCAUCGCAAUUCGUCCUCUACCACUUCUGGCGCCCUUCCAAACCCCUCACAGCCUACAAGCGCACCAGCGGCGACAGCUACGCCCUCAUCACCGGAGCCAGCGCCGGCAUCGGUCUCGCCAUCGCCCGCGCCAUCGUCCGUCAAGGCUUCGGUGUUGUCCUCCUCGGCCACCUCCCAGACGAGCUUGCCUCGGCCGCCAAAAGUCUCAAUCCCCCGCUUGUGCGCACCCUCGUCGUCAAUGCCAGCACCGCGACCCCGGAGGAGCUCUCGGCAGCGGUCGAGGCCAUUUCGGACCUUAAUAUCUCCAUCCUCGUCAACAAUGUCGGCGGUUUUCCCAUGGCUGAUCCGCCGAUCCGACCUCUCAGCACCCUCAGCACUGCCGAGGUGGAUGGUUUCGUUGACAUGAACGCCCGUUUCAUGGCGCGUCUGACGAAUCUCGUCUUGCCGCUUCUUUCAUCAAAAUCGACAAGACAAAAUCACGAGCGGUCGUUAAUUCUCAAUGUUUCUUCGGCUGGCCGUGUUGGAAUGCCAUGGAUUGUCAUGUACAGCGCCACCAAAGCCUUCAACUACGCCUUCAGCAUGGGUCUGUCGCGCGAGCUCGAGGAUGAUCCUGCCACAGCCCACAUCGACUGCCUCGCUGUUGCGCCAGGCGAGGUGCAGAGCCAGGCCAAUGUUAUGGCAGAGGGUGCCGUUACCGCUGACGAGUUUGGGAGCUAUGUUGUGGGAGGUAUUGACGGGGCAGUGAAACGGAAGUGGAGGGAGGUGAGACCGUACUGGGGUCAUGAUCUCCAGCUUGGGUUAAUGGACCGCGUGCUGCCUGACAGCAUGUUGACGCAUUUCUCGAGGGAGGAGUUGAGAGAGAAGAAGGUUAUGUGGGAUGCGAUCAUGGCGAAACGUCGCUGA